AUUGUUGUCCUCUACGCUAAACUCGCCUGUUCAACUUGUCGCUCGCUAACCUCUAGGACAGUUAUGCACGGUCGGCCGUCCGCCGCCGCUGCGCCGCUCUCUGCGCUCUCUCUUCCUCCACGCCCUCGCGAGAUGAAUGCCCUCAUCUCCGGCUCCGGAUCCAUGCCGCACACUCCCACCAAACGCGCCGAGCCACUGCCUCUGUUUUCGACGAACACGAACAGAUACAGCACCGACAGUUGGAACAGCUCCAAUUUCGACGCUACGAGCGAAAUUGAGCCAGAGUGGAAACCGGACCACAUUCGUCUCUUGCAAAGGACUCUCGACGCAUUGCCUUCUCACCUGCUGACCCCUUUCAACGGCCCUGUUCCACCAUCCAACUUGCUCGACAAAAUCGCGCGAGGCGUGGCUGAUGCAAAGGGUAACAACUGGCAACACUCCAUGCGGGCAACGCGCGCUAAGAUCGUCGAACUGGCUCGUGUCCGUGCCAAAGAGUCUCGCGAUGGGUCCGGGAGCGAUACCAUUGCAGAGGAAGAUAGCACUGACGGCGCACCGCUGCAGCAGACGACCAACAUAGGUCUUAAGAGGCCUUUGUAUAGGCAGUCAAGUAUGGAUUUCAUGCAACAAGCUAAGGCCGAUCUCAAGGAUAAUUCGAACAUCAGUCGUCUCUCGCGCCGUCUGCAAAAGACGGAACGUAUUCUCACUAGCCCCACCUACAGCCAUUACGCUCAUCCUUCGUCUCCUACCCGUGGCCCUCUCUCCCUCAUGCCAUCCGCACCCAGCUCCAUGACGCUCAGCUCUAGUAUCUCUGAAAUCAGGCCUUCUGCUUUCCGCGAUUCGAUUUCGUCUAUCGAGUCAAAUGAGCAUCUCGUGGUUGCAACCCGCCGCGUGCGGCGCUCCGAAAUAUCUACAGGACACAGUGUCAAGCGAGCUCCUUCGUUUGGCAGCUCUCGCAACAGCCUGGAGUCCGUCGCUAUGAGCAUCGACUUUAAUGCAAAGAAUUCGGAUGCCACCUCUUCUGACGAAGAGGAGAAGUUACGGAACCAGCACGCAAAGAGAGCUCGGCACAAGGCUGCUUCGCCGACGCUCGCGUCCCCCUUGGCGUCACCUACUCCCACGUCAUCUAACAAACGCGCUCGGAUUGCUCCCAGGACACCAUCUAAGGCAUCCACAAAGACCAUACCAGCUGGGCAGAGUGACGCCCAGACUCAGAGCCGCGCUUCCAGGCCCAGAGUUAAUUUGGAGCGCAACCCCAGCAUUCUUGGCCCCGAGCUGCCCAACCCUCAGCGCACGCCGCAGUCACCGGUUGUCAACCGUUCGCGCCCCAGUACCAACACCGUCCUGAGACGCCCUGCGUCUUCCGCUGUCUAUGACGCCGUUCCGGCCAGUCCCUACAACCUGACUUCUAUUCCCCCGGUUACGCCGACCAGCCACAAGGCCUCCCGCCGCAGCCGCCAAGCCGUGCCUCUUCCCCGCGCUUCGCUUGCAAGGAAGAUUUCUUUCGGUAGCCUCGUGUCCCAACACGAAGAGACUGGUGGUGGCUCUGGCGCGGGACUGGAUAGCGCGUUCCAACUGCACUAGCACGCUACUCCGUUGGCCUGGCGUUCACUUCGCCGUUGGACACCGCGUGACCGCCACAUCCUCAGCUUGGUAACAUCCGUUUAUUUCAGUGCUUCGACAACUUCUCACACCCACGGACCCUUCUUCAAUUACACUCAAGCUUCGCCAUUACCACAUUCGACAGGUCGCUGAUACAUCUCGUCUGCUUCAUUUUCCUUUGUCCACGCUCGUUCUCACAUCUCUUCGACGCCGAUCAAUUACUUGGGGCUCAGGUGACCGUCGGCCCGCCUCAGCUGUCGCCUUAAAUCGCUUUCUGCUUUGGUUAAGAUAUCACAGAUAGGCCUCAGCGCCCCGCUCCCUUCAACACUUGCUUCUCUUCAAUGCUCCGUUAAACUCCGACAGGGACUAUACGAGUCUUGUCGUCCACACUCUUUCGCGGUUCGGUUAUAUCUCAAGGCACCCUGGAUUCGCCCGCCUUAUGCGAGGCACUACCUCUCGUCUUGCACGCCCUUGGUUCAUUUCGCGUACAGAUAACUCUCAAGUCUCUCCUUCGCCACUCAAUUUUUGCUGUAUGCUCGUUCCGUCUCUGAUCUCAUCUCACUGUCCAAUUCCUGCUUAUAUAUUUUCACCUUGCUGCUCAAUCUCCGCAGCGCAGUGCUCCUCGCUAUUCUCACGGCACCGACCGUUGUAACCUUGUAACAAGCUCGAUGUACUCUUCGUGUGUACACCCCUCGUCUCCUACCCCCCGGAUUCGGCAUCCCACUGCUCAGUAUCUCUUUCACUUUCUAAUGUACCACCUCUUUUUGCAGCUCCCCGCUUUUCUGUCUUCCUCUUCACCCCAAAAUGGAGCUGUAUUCGUUCUCAAAAUCUUCGAUUUCCGCUGCGCGAACGAGCUGGCAACGCCAUCGCUCCUUGCACCUCUUCUCUUUCUGCUAUCUACACUGUUGUACUUUUGUUGAACUGCUUUUUUGUCAAUAUUCCCCACACUCGUUAGUACUUUGUUUGGCUGUGUUGUGCUAUAGGCUUACAUCUCGGUAGACCCGGUGUAACAUCACUGUCGUUAUUGGUCCCCGGGAUGAAUGCAUGUUGUAUUUUA